CGCGGUCGCUGUCGACGACAACAACAAUCUGUUUCAGUACUUAUACACCGUGAACCCGCCUGCGCAACACCACACCCCGAACGAAUCCCGGCUUCCUGGUUGCGCGCAUCAUCAAGAGGCCUUAGCGCAGAGAUCCAUAAUUGUUAGCACCUGUGUUACUCAACAUUGAGCCAUCAUGGCGGGACGGGUUCGUCAUCCCAUCGAUGUCAGGGCCCUCGAGUCAUGGCUGGCCCAGAAGGUGCCUGAUAUCGAGGCGCCGCUGGAUAUCAAGCAGUUCGGCUUUGGUCAGUCCAACCCGACCUACCAAUUGACUGCCGCCGAUGGCAGGAAAUAUGUCCUCCGCAAGAAGCCCCCAGGAAAACUGGUCUCCAAGACCGCCCACAAGGUCGAGCGCGAGUACCGCAUCCUGACUGCCCUCUCCGACACCGACGUGCCCGUGCCCAGGACCUACUGCCUGUGCGAGGAUGAGUCCGUCAUCGGCACCCCCUUUUACAUCAUGUCCUUUCUCGACGGCCGCAUCUUCGAGGAUCCCAUAAUACCCAACGUGCUCCCCGACCAGCGCCGCGCCAUCUGGAGCGAUGCCGUCCGCGUCCUGGCCAAGCUGCACCGCAUCGACCCUAAGAGCGUGGGUUUGGAGGAGUUCGGCAAGCCUUAUGGCUUCUACAGCCGUCAGGUUUCCACCUGGAAGACCAUCUGCACCGCGCAGGCCAAGGUCGAGGAUGUCGAUUCGGGCGAGGCGGUCGGCCAGCUGCCCUUCUUCGAGGAGAUGAUGCAGUACUUUGCCGAUGUGAGGCAGCAGCCGGCCGACAGGGCGACCCUCAUCCACGGUGAUUUCAAGAUCGACAACCUCGUCUUCCACAAGACGGAGCCGAGGGUGAUUGGUAUUCUAGACUGGGAAAUGUCCACAAUCGGCCACCCCCUCUCCGACCUCUCCAACUUGCUCACGCCCUUCUACACCGCCCGCCUCGACCCUCGGCAAUCCGUCAACGUGCACCCUGGCUUCCUUCCGCGAGCUACGCGCGGCCUGCCGCACGUCGACGAGAUCACCGAGCUCUACUUCAACGUGACCAGCCCCAUGGGACGAUCCACCUUCGAAAUCUCGCUGCACCGGCAGGCGUCACCCGCCGAGCAGCUGGAGCGCCGGCGCGAGCUCGCUUGGGCGCAGGCCUUCAACAUGUUCCGGCUGUCGGCCAUCUGCCAGGGCAUUGCGGCGCGGGUGGCGGGCCGGCAGGCGAGCAGCGAGCAGGCGAGGAGGUAUGCUGAUGCGAGGGAUCCGAUGGCGAGGUUUGCGUGGAGAUUGUGCCAGGAUGUGGAGGAGAAGAGUCCUAGGCCGAGGAUAUAGACUGUACUCUGUUUUAGCAGAGGGGCCAUCUCGGCCCUUCUAGUUGUUUUGGAUUACUUGAUUUUUGGGCAUCAUCAGUCAUAUCUUGGAUCAGUUCAUGGGUUUGGAGUCGAUAAUUAGCCAGCAAACCAGCAAGCCAGCCUCUUAGUAUAUAGUCCAUUCUUGUCUAGCAAAGUCAAGCAACUAACUGUUUCAAGAAUGGGCUUUUAACAACUGCAAGCUUUGAAGUUAACCAGAAGCACAGACAGGCCA